AUGGCUACUUAUCCCAUACAGCAAUUGUUUUAUGACGGUAAGGUUCAAAGUGCAACGUCAGGCAAAACCUUCAAAACUAUUGAUCCUUCCACUGGAAAAAUUCUUGCCGAAGUACAGUCCGCCUCAGAAUCUGACGUUGAUGCUGCUAUAAAUGCCGCUCAGUCUGCUUUCCACUCCUGGUCACAAACCUCGCCAAGCUAUCGAGCUCGUAUUCUGUUGAAGGCUGAUGAACUAUUACGUGAUCGAAACGAUAAAAUCGCCGAGAUUGAAACACAUGAUACAGGGAAACCAUUUUCGGAGACAAGUACAGUCGAUAUUGUGACAGGAGCUGAAGUUCUAGCAUUUUAUGCAAAUCUUGUAGCCAGUGGAGGUCUUAAUGGAGAGACAACUUCGCUACGUCCAGAUGCUUGGAUUUACACCAAAAAAGAAGCUCUUGGGGUUUGUGUUGGAAUUGGAGCCUGGAAUUACCCAAUCCAGAUCGCCUUGUGGAAAAGUGCACCCUGUCUAGCAGCUGGGAACUGUAUAAUCUACAAGCCAUCCGAAUUUACGCCACUUCAUGGCCUAAUACUUGCUCAAAUCUAUUCCGAGGCAGGUUUACCAGCAGGCGUUUUCAAUUUGGUUCAUGGAGAUAAACUAGUUGGCAGCUAUCUUACUUCUCAUCCUAAAAUAGCAAAAGUCAGUUUCACUGGACAAGUUCCGACAGGUCAGAAAAGUCCCCUCAUCAUUCUAUCGGAUGUUGACAUCGAAAAAGCCGUGGACGGGGCUAUGAUGGCCAAUUUUUUCUCCAGUGGUCAGGUGUGUACAAAUGGUACGCGCGUAUUUGUACCUAGAAAGCUUCAAUCAGCUUUUGAGAAGCGGCUUAUUGAAAAGAUGCAAUAUGUCCGCUCUCUAGAGCCUAUGGACCCGAAUAGUAAUUUUGGCCCUCUGGUCUCAGAGAUACAUCACACAAAAGUUCUCAAAUAUAUAGAGCAUGGCAUGCAUGUUGACAAAGCAAGGCUAAUUUACGGCGGCACUGAUCGACCGUCCAAAAUUCCAGUCGGUUAUGAAAAUGGAUACUGGAUUCAGCCAACUAUCUUCACAGACUGUACGGAUGAUAUGAAAAUUACACAAGAAGAAAUAUUUGGGCCGGUUCUUUGUAUCCUUCCAUAUGACACUAUUGAAGAAGCGAUUAUACGAGCAAAUAACACUCAGCUUGGUCUCGCAGCUGGCGUCUUUGGUAGAGAUAUUGACAUGUGUCACGGAGUUAUUAGUAAACUUGAGGCGGGAAUUACUUGGAUAAAUACCUGGGGCGAGAGUCCGGCGGAGAUGAGCGUAGGGGGGUGGAAAAUGAGUGGGCUUGGUGUUGAGAACGGAAAAAGAGGUUUGAGUGCUUGGGUUAGAGAGAAGAGCACACUCGUUGAGGGUAGUGGAAACGUUGCGACGGCUUUUUCCAAGCUUUAG